ACCAGGAAACCAAUCAAAGGGUGCACCAAGAAAAGAGAGAGAGAGAGAGGGUGACACCAAGAAAGAGAAACAAAGAAGAAGCAGCCACAUUUCAGCCAAUGACAGAGAACAUGUUUCCGCUGUGCUGUGAGUAGUUGUCUCUGCUCUGUUGACCCUGACAAUGUGGGACUGCUGUGCUGCUGACAUGUGUGCAUGAUGAAUAUUGAUCUGACUGAGGAGUGAGAGGCUACAGACGGACCGGAGUGGCUGUUUUGGGAGGAAAUGCUAUGCUUCGAGUGCAUUUUUAGAGAUGCCGUAAUCCACUGCUGGAUAAUGUAAUGCUGUUGGAUUAUUAUUAUAUGGAUCAAGGGUGGAUGCUGUUUGAGGAGGCUAAGAUGUGUGUUUUUCAGAUGAAUCUGGGAACUCACAAAAAUCAUCACAUGGACAAUAAAUGCCAGCUUAAACACUCAAAAACUUGAGCCACUAUGAAUAGCUGCUCCUAUUUUUGCUCUUAAACAUUCACAUAUUCAAAAGAGAGCUUUCACAUCUCACAACAACAGUAGGACCAUUAUUAUUUAUUGUCACGCCCCCUUACAUGGAGACAGACUGACAUUUAAGGCUGGUUCACAUCACUUCACAACAGCGGAGUGAUGGCGGCAGCAGGUUCAGGAACGUCCCUGAGCCCAAAAUCGGGCUCCCAGCCCCCUACCAGUGGAGACCGGCGGCUGGUGGACAAGGCCCUCAAAAGACUGGAAAAGCUCCAUGAGCUGUGCACUAACCCCCGGCUGGGCCUGAGGAACAGUCCACCAUACCUGCCAGAUUUGGUAUCUGAGACGACAACACUUCUCACGCAGGUUUGGGAGCCCUACCGAGGCCCCAGGGCGGCAAGCAGCCAGGCCCCCCGUGGAGACGAGGCCAAGUACCUGAGGGUCCACGUCAGAAACCUGCUGGAUAAGACAGACAGGGCUUUGCUGCUGUUUAAAGAGGGACGGGAGAAGAUAUUUGAGGAGUCAUCCAGCUGCAGGAGGAACUUGACCAAACUGUCUUUGCUGUUCAGUCACAUGCUCUGGGAGCUGAGGGCCAUGUUUCCAGGGGGCGGUUUUCAGGGUGACACCUACAGGGUGACUAAGACAGAGGCUGAGGAGUUUUGGAUGCGUUCAUUUGGAAACAAGUGUAUAGUGCAGUGGAAUACUUUCAAAGAGCAGCUGCGGAGUGUACACGCGUUUGAGGAAGGGAUGGAGUCCAUGGCUCUGAAGUCAACUAUAGAUCUCACCUGUAAUGACCACAUCUCUGUGUUUGAGUUUGACAUCUUCACAAGACUAUUUCAGCCCUGGAAGUCACUCAUAAGGAACUGGAACCAGCUAGCAGUGACUCAUCCAGGCUACAUGGCCUUCCUCACCUACGACCAGGUUAUAGCUCGUCUGGAACACUACCUGCACAGACCUGGGAGCUAUAUCUUCCGCCUGAGCUGCACAAGAAUGGGCCAGUGGGCUAUUGGCCAUGUGACCACUGAAGGUGGCAUCGUCCAGACCAUCCCCCAGAAUACACCUCUCUACCAGGCACUCAUUGAGGGCUUCAAGGAAUGCUGCUACCUGUACCCAGACGGCCGUGAUGUGAACCCCGACCUGACAGGCUUGUGUGAACCGGCCCAGAGGGGCAAAGUUAAAGUUUCAGAAGAGCAGUAUGAGCUUUACUGUGACAUCGGCAGCACCUUCCAGCUGUGCAAGAUCUGUGCAGAGAGGGAUAAGGACACUCGUAUCCAGCCCUGUGGACAUCUCCUGUGCCAACCCUGCCUCACAGGCUGGCAGCAGAAGUCGGCUGGCCACACCUGCCCCUACUGUCGCUGCGACAUCAGAGGAACAGAGUCCAUCCACGUCGAGCCCUUCCAGCCAGGCAGCGGUCAGUGGGAGGAGGACGUUGAGGAUGACGAAGAGGAGGAGGAGGACCACGAGGACAUUGAACUGAUGGUUAAGGAAUUGGCCGCCCUGAGGAAGUUCUCAAGUUUGGAUUACCAGGUUCCCAGGUCUCACCACCUCAGCGCUCCACUUCUGCCCCCUAAACACAGCACCACCCCACGCUGUCCAUCUCCCUCCAACCUGUCCCAGACCUCCGAAACCAAGACUCUGGACAAACACUCCCACUCCCGUUCACAGGGUCACAGUGGCGCUGAAACACGUAGGAGACACAAAAAAGAGACAAACAUGAAUAGCAGCACUGAAUUCCUCACAGAAGCAAAGUUUUCGUCUUCCUCUCAGGACGUUGAAUGUGGAGCAGCAUGGCUCGGAUCCUCAAGCCCUGUCAAACCGAGACGAAGACGUAAAGAGAAGGAGGAAUGGACAGCGGGGCUCCGACACGACAAAUGUGACCUUGGAGAUGUGACGAGAAGAAUGUCGUCCUGACAGAAAACCGCCGCAAAAUAAAGACUCUUUUACUAAAGCGAGAAAUACUUGGCGACUAAAAAAUCUGCAUUUCAGAAAUCAGUCCUCAGUGAAUGUAAAAAUAGUUUCUGGUGUCAUGUUUAACUGUAAAUGACCGUGUGUCAGCUGCACUGCUGAAGUUGUGAUGGCACUGACAGGAAAAUUGCUUACUGAGGCCUCCUACUGUUUAAUAAUCACACUGCCAUUAUCUCCACAGUAGGUUCAGUACUGACUCUUUAUAAUUAUAGCCUCCAUGAAGUAUUAGAAAUAAAUGAAAUGGCUUGAUAUUUGAAAAUGUAAUUACCGGUAUAUGAACAAAUGAAAGUGGGCAAUCACAUAUCUAGAGUGAAUAUAUGAAACAAUAGAAAUAUGCUACCUUGUCAUUUAACCCAUACCAUAAAUGUGUUAUUAUGAAUAAAUUAUGUGAGUAAAUAAAUGCUUCUAUAUAACUCCAUCAAACAGUAUUAUAUGGUAUUAAAACGAAACAAAUAAACGUGUGACUGACACAUACUUGAACUUCUAAGUAGUUUGAUUUGGUAUUUUUUUUUCCCAUUAUGGACAUGAAUAGAAAAAUAAAAAAUAAAUAUACACCAAGUGGUUUUAUUUUGUUUUCCACAUUCGGGCACAUGCGUGUUGAGUGAGGAAACUUCAAAGGCACCAGAGAAAGAGAAAAAUAAAAGUCAGGGCUGUAAAAGAAAAUAGGAUUGAGGAGAA